CGUCAUAGUCCCGCGACAGCCCGAGCCGGGCGAGAGGGGGUGUAUCCCCAGACCGCCCCGCCUCCAUGCGCCCGUCCUGGCCUCGCCCAGAAGCGCCCCGGUCCGGAGGUGCGCUCUUUGAUCCUGCCUAGGUCGUCAGCCGAACCUCGGCCAGCGCGCGGCCUUCCACGCCAGCCUCGCACUCUGACAGUCUAGUCACCUCAACCUGCCCCGGUGGGCGGGUCAAAGUUCUCGAUUCUGAGAACCUUAUGAGAGAGGCGGCGCCGGGACUCCAGAGGCAAACAGGUGGCAGAUUUGCCUCUUUGCUUGUGAGUCAUGGCAGCUUCCAUGAAGGGCCAAGUGUGCGUGGUGACUGGUGCUUCCAGGGGUAUUGGGCGCGGCAUCGCCUUGCAGCUCUGCCAAGCAGGUGCCACAGUUUACAUCACUGGCCGCCAUCUGGACACGCUGCGGGUCACUGCUCAGGAGGCGCAAUCCCGAGGGGGCCGGUGUGUGCCCGUGGUGUGUGAUUCAAGCCAGGAGAGUCAAGUGCAAAGGCUGUUUGAGCAGGUGAAUGAGGAACAGGGGCGUCUGGACGUGCUGGUCAACAACGCCUAUGCUGGAAUCCAGACAAUCCUCAACAACACUAAGAAGGCAUUCUGGGAAAGCCCCGCCUCCAUUUGGGAUGAUAUGAACAACGUGGGACUGAGAGGCCACUACCUGUGGUCGGUGUAUGGGGCGCAGCUGAUGGUACCAGCUGGCCGGGGGCUCAUCGCGGUCAUCUCCGCCGUGGCGGGGCUGCAGUAUCUCUUUAACGUCCCCUAUGGCGUGGGCAAGGCUGCAUGCGACAGGCUGGCUGCUGACUGUGCCCAGGAGCUGCAGCGCUACGGGGUCAGCUAUGUGUCUCUGUGGCCAGGGGUGGUGCAGACAGAACUGCUGAAGGAGCACGUGAUGAAGGACAACACUGAGGAUCCCAUGUUUGAUCUGAUCAGAGGUCGCUUCUCGUCAGGGGAGACGACAGAAUUGAGUGGCAAAUGUGUGGUGGCUUUGGCAACAGACCCCAAUAUCCUGAGCCUGAGCGGGAAGGUACUGCCAUCCUGUGACCUUGCUCGACGCUACGGCUUUCGGGACGUGGAUGGCAGCCCCGUCCAGGACUAUUUGUCUGUGAGUUCCGUUCUCUCCCACACCUCCAGCCUGGGCUGGCUGGCCUCCUACUUGCCCGGCUUCCUCCGGAUGCCCAAGUGGAUUAUGACCCUCUACACCAGCAAGUUCUAAGUUCUAACCCCCCUGGCUUCACGUCACAACUCUGCUCAUCUUCUCCUUGGGGCUGGGUGUUUGGGCCUGUCUCAGUGGAACAAGGCAGCUUUCCCGCCUACCACACCCCCUUGACAGGAAGAGAAGGCCUCUGAGGUGUGUGGGGGCCCUUACAGGUUCAUCUUUGUGCCUUGUUCCUCCUUGCCUCUACAGUUUACUUUUUGCCUUGUAUUCAAAAAUGCUCUGGGGACUAAUAAAGGUCUCAUUUCUUCUUCAA